GAGAGAUUUAACCUCCACGAUGUGCCGAAGAGUAGCAUCUUGGAUGCUCAGGUAACAGCAUUCUUGAAAGGAGGGCCGAGGAGUGUGAAAGAGUAUAUAACAGAGUAUAAGAUGACCUCGAUUUGCUUCAUGAGGUACUUUGUGUAUGGUGACAAGGAGAGUGACACCGAAAUAUGGCCGAGGAUGACCACCACUUUUGAGGAAACCGACGACCCGGAUUUAGGCGUGCCCGCCGAAGCUGAUGAUUUUGUGAUGGACCGUAGAUCCGUCAUGGCCCUUGCUAAGGCGAAGGCGAAGGAGGAGAUGGCCGCCAGGGAGCCCGCGAAGCUGGCCGCUGCAAGUGGCGCGUAGUCGAGUUCAGAUGCGGAUGAUGUCGGGGUUGCAACUAUGCCGGCCGAUGAUGUUGGGGGCUCUAAUGCCAUUGCUGUUGUCGACAUGGUUUCUGCCCCCUCGUCGACUGCUAUGUCCAAGCCGCCCCCUCUCGGCCAGGACUCCCGGAAGAAGAGGGCCAGAAAG